AUGGACUUCGAUUCGUCCCUGUUACAGACCAUCUCACCUUCCCUCGGGCCCCCCCCCCUCUCUCUGCAGGUAGUGAAGUGUCUAGAAGCCGUGUGUCAGAGCCCCCAGCCGAUCCUUCCUCUUGUGGAGGUUCGCACGCAGUGCUGGUUGGCCCACGUGUUGACCCCCGCACCUCCUCUCCAACCCGGCCACUCCCCUACCCUUCUUGCAGUUGGUGAAGUGCUUGGAAGCCGUGUGUCAGAGUACCCAGCCGUUCCUUCCUCUCGUGGAGGUUCGCACCCGCUGCUGGCUGGCUCAUGUGCUACUGAAACACUCCCGCAAUGUGCUGCACGCGAAGGCGCAUCUCGAGAGAGCGCAAGUGCUUCUGAAGGCCAUUCCUGGGAAUAUCCUCCUCAAGUGCACGGCCCUCUCUCUGCUCGCCACGUGUUACCACCUGAUUGGCCACGCCCACUUUCACAAGCACGUUCGGGAGGAGGUUUGGGCGGAGGUUCGGGCGGAGGUUCGGCGGCGGAGCUGGCUCGGUGGAUGGGGGUGUUCUCGGUGGGGAUGGCGGGGCGGUUGCUGGGGGAGGGAGAUGUGGAGGGGGCUGCUGGGGCAUUGGCGAAGGGGAUGGCUGCUGUACAGACGACAGGGGAUAGGGGCAUGAUGCUCCUGCUAUCCGCUUCCCUGCUGCACAUUCGCAUCUCGACCGUCCAUCACACGCCACAGCAGAUCUCAACCCUUCUUUCAGAAUGCACCUCGUUGUGGCAGCAGAUCCCGCCACGUCAGCAGCCAGACUACCGUGGCCUGUUCGUCUACGUCCAAUUACUGGCUGCCACGUGGCACCUCCGCAUGGCUGACUACAACCAGGCCAAGGCUGACGUGGCAGCAGCAGAGGAGGCACUGGCGGGGAUGAGUCCCCCUGCAGCGAAUCGUGAGGCGCCAGCUGGCAGCUCGCCAGUUGCUGCGUCAGCGCCACGUCAGCUGCAGCAGGGGGGGAAUGUGCAUGCACAGAGGCUGGGGCAGGAUACAGGAGCAGUAAGAGCAGUGGGUGCAGCAGGAGCAGCAGGGGCAGCAGGAGGGGUGAUGGGCAACGGAGCAGGGGCAAUGGUCGCAGGGGAAGGAGGAGAAGCGUCAGGCGCAUGUUUCAGGGAUGAUCCGUUGAUGCGGUUACCACUGGGCCCGCCCCACGUGCUCAAUGCUGAUUGGCUGCCGCUGCCAGCUGUCAGGGCGGUGGCAGGCCUGCUAAAGGUCAUGCUGAGCCGCCCGGGAGGAAAGCUCCUGGAAGCUGAGGGGGCGUUGAAGGAAGAGAGGGAGAUGCUGCGAGUAUCGCGUCCUUCCCAUCUUCGUCUUCCUGUUUCCUCCUCCUGCUGCAAGUUUCCAGUCCUCUCAUUCCUCUCUUUUGUCCCAAAACUCUUUCUCCCCUGCACCUGCUCGCAUGCUCGUUCCCACCCCCCUGUCAUUCUCACCAUUCUCGAAAUCUUCACCCUUUCAGAUGAGCUUCACCGCAUCGGGGUCCUCCCAGGCUCUACAGAGUCUACUCUGGAGCCGUGGAGUGUGGCGUGGGCCGGCACACUCCUCUUGCUCCUCUACGCAGUAGUCCACUCUGGAGCCUUGGAGUGUGGUGUGGGCAGGCACGCUCUUGCUCUUGCUUCUCUACGUCUUGGAAGCCCAAGCAGUGCUGGCGCUGACAUCUACAGAAUACCCCCUCUCGCAACGGCCCAGGCGGUGCUGGUGGCGCUGACAUCUACAGAGUAUCCUCUCUCUCAAUGGGUAAGCUGCGCAUGCAGGCAUAUGUGUGUGGGAGGGGGUAGAGUGAUGGUGGAGUGUGGCGUGGGCCGGCAUGCUCCUCCUCUUGCUGCUCUACGUCUUGGAGGCCCAAGCGACUACAUCCUCCUCCCUCCCCCCACCAUCUCCACCAUCGCCCCAUCUGCUGCCUUCCUCUCUACCUCGCCAGCCACUGCCAAAACCGCUCACAACCACUCAUUCUAUCUGUCUCCCACGCACCCACACGCUUCCAGGGUGCAUCCUCCUCCCCCCACCAUAUCCACCAUCGCCCCAUCCGCUGCCUGGCCCUCUGCCUGUUCACCUCACAACCAUUCCUUUUCGCCUCUUCCCAUUCUGUAUCUCUCCCAUCCACACAACCCCUCAGGCAGCGUCCUCCUCCCGCACCACCUCCACCACCGCCCCAUCCACUGCCUGGCUCUCUGCCUGCAACCACUUCCUUUCCCCUUACCCUCCCGUUUAUUGCCCCACCCUACUCCCUUCCCCCCAUGCACUCCCUUCCAGGCCGGGUCCUCCUCCUUCCACCAUCUCCACCAUCGGCCCAUCCGCUGCCUUGCUCUCUGCCUCUCUGCCAUCGUGCAUCUCACCAUCGACGACCCCUCACACGGGCACAUAUCCCAGGCGAGUCUUCUGAGACUGCAGUGGACAUGCCAUCGGCUCUGGAGCAAGAAGAAGCACAGGGCGCCCAAACGCGGCAGCCGCAGCAGCAAGAAGCACACCACGCCUUUAGAGUCCACCCUUCUUUCUUUAGCCAUUAUCGGUGCUGCCUCCUACUAUUCUUGUCCCUCCGCGUUUCUUCAGGCAGUGGACAUUCUAUCAGCUCUGGAGCAGGAAGAAGCACAGCACGCCCAAACGCGACAGCAGCAGCAGCAACAAGCGGGAGCAUUGCCUUCACCAUCAGCAGCAUCACCGUCAGCAGCAGGGGUUGCAACAGGGGAGGAAAGGAAGAGGGAGCAGUGCGCGCAGCUGCUCGCAACAGCUCUGCUGGCGCUUAGACAGGGAAACCUGGUGGAUGCUAGGAGCCGACUCGCCCAAGGGCUGUUGGUGACUCACCGCCAGCUCAGCAACCACCAGAUCGCCGCCCAUUUCCUGCUGGCCAUAGGCGGCAUUGCACUGCGCACCAGCGACCUUGUUGGAGCAAAGGACAUUCUGAGAUCUGGGUUGACUCUAUUCCGGGCGGCAAGAGAUACCCAGGGCGUGGUGGCUGUUGCAGCAGAGUUGUCACUCUUGUACAGGUCAACAGACGAGGCGAUGGCAGAGAGUCAGAACGCGGCGUAUCUGAAUCGCAAGCGAGGGGAGCUGAGCCAGCAGGUCACAGCAGUGGUUGGUGCACCAGGGCAUGCCAUACUGCUACAGGUAAAGAUCAUGUUCUAUGCUAUCUUCUGUCCCUUUGCGCCCUCGUUUUUCCGUCCCGUCGCCCACGCGAUCUCCUCUCGCCUCCCUUACCCACGCGAUUGUCGCCGCACUUCCGUGGCUCGUCCCGCUGCCUUCUCAUCGCCCAUCCCAUCGUCCAUCCCGUCGCCCAUACCAUCGCCCAUCUCGUCGCCCAUCCCGUCGCCCAUCCCGUCGUCGAUCCCGUCGCCCUUCCCGUCGCCCAUCCCGUCGCCCCUCCCUCCGCCCUUCCUAUCUCCCCUCGCCUAUCCUCUCCCCCGUCGCCCUUUCUCUCCCUUGUCGCCCUUUCUCUCCCCCGUCGCCCUUUCUCUCUCCCGUCGCCCUUUCUCUGUCACGUCGCCCUUUCUCUCUCCCGUCGCCCUUGCUCUCUCCCGUCGCCCUUUCUCUGUCACGUCGCCCUUUCUCUUUCCCGUUGCCCUCCCUCCCGUCGCCCUUAAGCUCUCCCGUCGCCGAUCCUCUCUCCCGUCGCCCUUCCUUUCUCCCGUCGCCUAUCCUCUCUCCCGUCGCCCUUUAUCUCUCCCGUCGCCUAUCCUCUCUCCCUCGAAACAGUCAUCGCCCUUCCUCUCUCCCCUCCCGUCACCCACCUCGGCGCCCUGGCGCUCGCCCCGAAAUGCCUGCCCGUCGCCCUUCGUUUCUCCCCUCCCAUCACCCAUCUUGGCACCUUCGCGCUCGCCCCGAAAUGCCUGCAAGUCACCCUUCCUUUCUCCCCUCCCAUCUCCCCACACCCUACCAUUCCACAAUUUUCGCUCAAUCAGCUCUCUACGUGCGUUGUCGUUUCCUUCUCGUUCUUCGUUUUUUUAUUCCUAA